GACAGGAAGUUGUCGGACCAGGUCACGUGUUCCAGCGUUCAGCUGAACAAGUUGGCGAGAACCUGAACUUGGAGAAACCAGCACACUGAAAAAAAUUAUUGAUAAAAAUACAUAUUAUUGAUAUUUAAAUCUGGAGUAAUAUAUUUGGUAUCGUCCGGAAAACUGAAGGCGGUUGCGGGACGUUUUCACCCGCAGCCAAAUGUCUGGAAACGGGUUCAUAUCGAGCAUCGGGAGGCGGCUAACGAUGAACACGCUGAGUCCUUUUGAGCAGCUCCGUCGGCAGAUGUUUGACAUCUUGGGAGACGGAGGGAUCCUGAAGGAGGUGGUCAAGCCUGGAGAGGGCCCACCUGUGCCUCAAAAUGCCUCCGUGCUAAUGUAUUACUCGGGUUUCUUGGAGUACUCUAAUCGCCCUUUUGAAAGCACUACUCACUUCAAGUACCCUCCGAUGAUGAAGCUGGGAAGAGAUGUGACCGUAGCUGGACUGGAGCUAGGCUUGUUGACCAUGAAGAAAGGAGAGUUCGCCCGGUUCCUGCUCCACCAUCAGUACGCGUACGGCGAAAUGGGCUGCCCUCCUUUCAUCCCGCCCUCUUCUACAGUUCUGUACGAGGUCCACAUCCUGGACUACCUCGACUCGGGUCAGGUGGAUGAGUUUAUUGGCAUGUGUCCGGAGGAGCAGAACGACGCUCCUCUGUCCACACUUCUGGAAGUCACCAACACGCUACGGGGCUUUGGCAACCGCUGCUUCAAACAAAGCCGAUAUGACCACGCCAAAGACCGCUACAAGCAGGCAAUAACUCUUCUGAGAAACAGGGACCCGCGAAGCGAGCCGGACAAAGGGAAGCUCAAGGUGGCUCUUCUCCCGCUGUAUCUGAACCUUUCUCUCACCGAGCUCCGUCUGGAGAGCCCCCAGAAAGCCCUCAAAUAUGGCAACAAAGCCUUGGAGAUAGACUCUGUCAACACGAAGGCUCUUUUCCGCUGUGGACAGGCUUACUUCGAGCUGGGCGAGUACGAGAGCGCUCAGGAUUGUCUCAUAGCUGCGCAGUCGAAGAAGCCGUUCGACAGCGACAUCAACGACCUCCUGAAGAAAACGGCGUUGGCCUAUAAAGACUGCUUGGAUAAAGAAAAAGACAUGUGCGUAAAGAUGUUUAGGGAGCCGAGGAGCUCAGUGCAGCUGUAGGAAACAUCGGAUUGUGGUUUCAAGAUUCAGCAGCUUGCUUCUUGUUUAUGUUCCCAUCUUCCAGCUGUGAAAGUAGUUCUUGCUCAUGGUAUAAAAUCAACACCAUGUUCAUUCGCUUCUCACUUCAUUAAGUUUGUAUCUUUUUGGUAGCUGUUCUUUUUUGUAUUCUCACGAAUCCCGAGGUUUACUAAUGGUAAACCUUUUUUG